UUUCAAUAAAAAAAAAAAAAAAAUAUGGAUUCAUCGGUAAAAGAUAUCAAAAUGGAACUGUCGAAAUUACAACUAGAGUCUGAUGAUAAUGACAAAAUUGAUGAAUUAACUGAAUCAUGCAUUGUAUGCGAGAAGAAAUUUGUUCCUGUGUCAUCAUCAUUGAACAAUAAAGAACGUAUUAAAUAUUAUAUUGAUAAAAUGAUAUCAUCUAAAUAUGAACUUCCAGAAGGUGGUACAAAAAGUAUCGAGUCAUCAAUGAUGUAUAAAAAACAAGCAGAAGAAUAUAUUUCUAAAAAAAUGUAUGAUAAUGUUCUUGAUGAAUAUACAAUGAGUGUUGCUCAUGCACCACCAAAUAGUCGUGAACUUGCUAGUGCAUAUAAUGAACGUAGUAAAUUACUUUUAAGAUCAAAAUUAGUGACAGAUUGUCUUCUUGAUAUUAAUCGUGCUCUGGACAAUCCAAAUUCUGAUUAUCUAAAAGCAGAACUUUAUUAUCGUAAAGCACAUUGUAUUGGAGCAUUGAAUACAACAAAUGAUGAAAAACUCAUUGAAGCACUAGAUGAAGCAAUUGAUGAAUCACGUAAAUGGCUUGAUAAAGUGGAAAAUAAUAUUGAUAAAAAAAAGUUUUUUCAAAAUUUAAAAAAACGAAAAUUACUGUGUCAAUUUGAAACAAUUAUUUGUCACAAGUUGAGUCCAUUAAAAAAUCCACCAAAAUUAAAUGAUGAAAAUUCAAUUGUCCCAGGACUUUCUGAUUCAACUGAGCUAAAAUAUUCACCAAAAUUUGGAAGAUAUAUUGAAGCAACAAGAGACAUACCAGCUGGUGAAGUUAUUGGUGUUGUUAAGCCAUAUGUUAAAGUGGUUUGUAGCAGUAUGAAAUACAAAUUAUGCUGGAAUUGUAGCAAACAAACUUGGUCAAAUAUACCAUGUAAUGAAUGUGCAAAUGUCAUUUAUUGUUCAAAUGAUUGUCGUGAUAAAGCACAAGCUGAUUAUCAUGAUAUUGAAUGUUUUGUUAUGAAAAAAAUACAUAAUUUCAAAGUUGAUGAUGUUUGUAUUAUUGGAUUAAGAAUAACUAUCAUGGCUCUUAAAGAUGCUGGAUUGUCAAUUGAUAAAUUAAAAAAAAAUAUUAAAGAAAUUGACAGUGUCACAGAUCCACUUAAAAGAGGAACAAUUGAUGGUAAACUUCAACCAGAUAAAUUUUCAAGUAUCCACACAUUGUCAUCAAAUUUAGAUGUAAAUUCACAAGAAUAUAUGAUAAUAUCGGCAACAAGUAUUUUCAUAGCAUAUUUUAUUGCCAUCAAAAUUGGAUUGAUCACUGAAUCAUGGAAUGACACUUUAAAGGAUAAUGAUGAUUUUAUAUUCCUCGUUGAAUUUGUUGAAAAAAAUAUUUGUUUAACAAAGAUAAAUGGUUUUACAAUUGAAUUACCAGAAUUUAAAGAUUCAACAGUGUCAAUUGCAAAAGCUGUAUUGCCAAGUUUUAGUAUGUUUAAUCACAGUUGUAACUCAAUGAUGACAAGAAGUACAAAUGGUGAGUACAUGAUAACAACAUCACUUUGUCCAAUAAAAAAAGGUCAACAAAUAUUUUUUAAUUAUGGACCAUCAUAUGCAAGAGCAAAAAAACAAAAAAGACAAGAAUUUUAUAAAAAUAAUUAUGGUUUUGAUUGUGAGUGUGAGUGUUGCGUUGAGGAUUGGCCAUUACAAUGUCCAGAGUUUAUUGUAAAUGAAAAAAAUUUUCAUUUCAUUAUGCCUAUUCAGGAUAAAGUUAUAGAUUAUCGUGAGAAAUUGUCUAAAGCAAGCUUAUCAAUUGACAAUUACGUACGUAAAUAUAAUCGAUUGAUGGAUUUAUCAAAAGACACUCAAAAUGUCAUUGAUUUUAUCAAUGAAUAUUAUCAUAUGCUUGAUAAAAAUUCAGGUGAAAUAUUUGUCGCGCAAAGAUUACUUGAAAAUUAUAAUCGUCUAUCACAAAUACGUUUAUAUAUACUUGAUUAGUUGAAUAUUUAUUUUGAUGCUUUAUACCUUUUUUUGUUAUUUAAAAUUGUCGGAAUUUUCGUGACACAAUUUGUGCAAACCCUCGAGUUUAACGUUGUUUAUAUAAAAAAAAAUAUUUUUCAUAUUUAGGUUCAUUUAUUACUGAGGUACUCUUUUUUUUUUUUCAUUUUUUUAUUAUUUUUUUGUUUCAUUUUUGUAGACAGACGCAUCUGUUGUGAAUUUAUUAAUUAUCAAGGGUAAUUGCCAAGCACAUAGUAUGCUAAAUAUGAAAAAAUAUUUAAAUAUAUUUUUUUUAUAAUUUUUUCUCUUGAGUGUUUUUGUUUUAUUAAUAUUCAUCGACAUGAUUAUUAUUUUUGCAUAUUUUACGAUAACCAGACUAAAGUAAAAUAUUAAAAAUAAAAAAGUGAAAAUUCCAUAGCAAAGUUAACAUGUGACUUAUUAAAAUCCAGAAAUUCUUCUAAAACUUAAAAAUAGAAUAUAUAUAUAAAAUAUA